UGUAACAUAAUUAUUUAUACAUGUAACAUCGAUAGUGACAGUUAUUAUAGCGGAAAUCAUUCAACCGGCUUUAUUCAGUUCACGUAAACGCGGAUUACGCGGAAUUUAUUUAAAUCGAUUUCAGGUUGCUGUGUAAACAUAAUCCGCGGGUAGAUUCUACCUACAAGGUCUACUGGCAUGACAGCUUAUUGGCGACGGAAACCAAGCAGGAUCUGCAAUAUGUUCUCCAAAUAGAGAUGCGUGAUAAUCACGUUUCAUCGCAACGUGGUUGUUCUGCUGAUGACUUAAUACCUUUCUAAAAAUCAUUACAUGAUUAACAUGAUGUAUCGCAAAAUCUGAACACAAACGAUGUGAAAAUAUGCGUUCAUGACGUGAUUGCGAUUAAUGCUAUUAGACGAGACAUUUUUCUGGCAUCAUGACAUGACCCAGCGGCGUAUUAUGCCCACGCAUUUGUACGCAUUUUUGAGAUCAUGUUACAUCAACAUAGCGCUACAUGACAUCACUUUGCUAUCUGGGUUCCGUUUAAAUAUAUUUAACUAAACGUAACAAUUGUUCGUCGUUGAAACGAAACGGUAGUUUCUGCCGUCAAUCUGUCGCACUAAGAUGAAAGAUUCGACAGAAAUUUCGCUUGAGCAAACAACAGUUUUUCAACAAGCGCAACAUUUUUUCCAUACAAUACAGACCUUCGAGAAACAAAGAUAUCCAAAGGAGGUCCUCAGCAAGCAAGAGACAUUAAUCUUCUAAAACAUUGAUUUUACGAACUGAAUUUUACAAACAUUUUGACAUGAUCUUUCGUUUUUGAGCUGUUACAUUGAUAGUAUUAUAUUUUUUAAUAGUAAAAUUAUAUUGUAGAAACAUUGUUUUUAAUGUUUCGGUGAAAUAUUGUCAACAGUAACGUUCUAUACAACAUUAAGUACUGCUUAGUUGUAAAAUAUAAUUGUAAUAACGAUUUCUUGCUUACUGGGGAUGUCCCCAGGAUAAAGGAAGUGUGCUUUUAGUCUAUCGAAUAAAUUGCUAUAACAAGCGAUUUGUGUGCGUUCAGGACACAAUAUUCUUUCGAACAAAGGUGCGUCGUUGGAUUUUGCCGCUCUUCUUCUCAGUACUCCGCCAGCAGGCGGAAAUGUUUCUUUCUCUGUAAUUACACAAAUUUCGACCAAUACAUGAUACGACGAUCGCCACGUGCGAUAUUGAGACACACCACAUCCUGUGGUCCCACCGCACUUUCCUCUCUUGUCGGGCGCGACUUCCCGGUGCGUCGCAUUCGAGAGAUAUAUCCUCAAGAUGUUGGGCGCGUACUUGGUUUUUGCGCUGCUGAUCCCGCGGCACGAUCCAUCGGCGUACAACAUAGACCCGCGCAAUGUCCGGGUGUUCGGCGAUCCCGUGCCCGCGUCGCCGCAGCGACGCGGCAGUUACUUCGGCUUCUCCGUAGCUCUGUACGCGGGUGCGGGCGAUCCCCUGCUGCUCGUGGGAGCACCGCGGGCCAACUCCACGGCGUUGCGCGGUGUCAACGAGCCGGGGACAGUUUUCAAGUGUACGAUGAACGGCGAGUGCAAGGAAUGGCUGGUGGACCGGUCCGUGAACGGUCUUCGGCCUGCCGACACAAGGAUCCGCCAGGUCAAGGACAACGCGUGGAUCGGCGCGAACAUCGCCGUGGAGAGCAAGACGACGACGCCGAGAGUCGUGGUUUGCGGACCGCUGUGGAAACUGACGGGCUAUUUCCUAAGCGGUAUUUGCUACGGAACUCUGGCUACCGGUGUCGAAGCGUUUGAGAAAGAAGCGGAGAAGUAUUGGUUACCAACAUUCGACGGUCCCAAACAGCGUGCGCUUAGAAAGGCAAUAACCAUCCCAAACUACGCGUACGCCGAGGUCGGCUUUUCCUUACACAUGACUUCGCGGAAUGACAGCGUGGAUAUCGUGCUGGGCAGUCCAGGCGUGAACAUCUGGAAAGGCGACGCAAUACUAAUCACCGAUGCAUUCGAAAGCUCAAUUUCGAACACGAUAAUCCCCAAAGUCGUCGAAGAGAGACAGAUUGAUUUUAACGAUUAUUUCGGAUACGCUGUAACAUCAGGUGCUUAUUUCAAACGGGGGAAGAUUCUGUACGCGUCCAGCGUAACGAGAGGCGCUAAUUUGCGCGGAAAGGUCCUCGUUUUCACCUUUCCCCCGAGGAGUAUCCAACACAUGGGGAUAGAAACAAGGGUAGAAGGCGAACAAAUCGGGGAGUACUUUGGCACCGCUCUAACGUCAUGCGACAUGAACAACGACGGCAGGGACGAAUUGAUCGUCGGCGCACCGCAAUGGGCCAAAGACGUGGACGAAGGCCGCGUCUACGUUUUCUCAGCGCAACACAGAGCGGAGAGGAAUUUCAAGUUGCUGAGCAAGAUCGAGGGCGAGAUCGCCGGCGGUAGAUUCGGCUCCGCCUUGAUGUGCCUGGGCGACAUCGAUUACGACGGCUACGAUGACAUCGCCGUAGGCGCGCCGUACGAGGAGGAGAGCGGCGGCGCGGUGUACAUAUACAACGGGCACGUGGACGGCGUCUCCAGGAGAUACAGCCAGAGGCUGGUCGGCUCGCGUUACUCGCCGCUGAUGCGCGGCUUCGGCAUCUCCAUCUCGGAACCCCGUGACGUGGACGGCGACAGGUAUCCCGACGUCGCGGUGGGCGCCUAUUUGUCCGAGAAGGCCGUUCUGCUGAGAGCCGUGCCAGUCGUCACGUUGAACGUGACGCUGGCGCGCCUGCAAAAGAUCCGACUGUUGAGAAACACGACGUCCUUCGUGAUCGACAUGCACGUGUACUAUGAGGGUGCAUACGUACCGGAGAGCCUGCGAAUCGUGAAGGUCCUGAAGAUCGAUCAAACGCACGGCAGGGCCGCAUAUCGUGAGCAGAGGAGUAACGACGGAACCUACAGGAUACCGGACACGCUCUACAAGAAUAACAGCUCGCGUAGUCAGCUCGAGAUCAAUUUUAUGGAAGAAAUACGAAACUUACUGGAUCCGCUCGAGAUAUUCGUGUCGGUGGAGCUGGAAGACGACCUUUCUAACGAGAGCAAGAAGAGAGACGCACUGAGCACGUCCCACGUCGCGAUAAACAAAUUACGAUCGAGAACCGAAGACCUCGUGAAGCUGCCGUUCGCCGUCGACUGCGGCGAGGAUGAGAUAUGCGUGUCCGAUCUCAACGUGACGUUGACGUUCACCGACUUGAAGUCGAACAACAGGCACGUUAUUGGCUCCUCGUCGACGAUCUCGCUGCGCGUCGACAUUUACAAUCGCGGCGAGCCGGCGUAUCAAAGCAAAGUGCACAUCUCCAUCGAGACGCUGUCGCUAGCGAGUAUCCCGCCCGAGUGCACGGAGGACUCGCAUACGAGCAACUUCCUCGACGUGGUAUGCGAGAUCGGCAACCCUCUGAGAACGAAUAGAACGUUAUCGCUGCAGCUGGACACGAGCAUGGUGACGUACGACGUCAAGAAGGCGGUGAUACGGGCGAAUGUGAGCACUCACAGCAACGAGUCGACGCUGAGUGACAACCAUCACGUGACCACCGUGUAUUUCGACGUGGACAUGGACGUAGCGAUCGUCGGGAAAGCGCUGGUGAGUUCGUACUCGUACACGAACGAGAAGACGCCGCUCGAGAACGUCAGGUUCCAGCACUUCUACGAGAUUCAGAGAUUCGGCAUCAGUCCGAUCGAGAAGGUCGGCCUGACCGUGAGGAUCCCGACGCACUGGCGACACGGCAGCGGAGAUAUCGCGGUCGCCGCUAUCAACAACACCGUCGGCGUGAUCGACGGAUCGCCGUUUCAGUGCGGCGAUACGAUCGAAGGACUCCCGUUCGCGGCACUCGACUCGACGCGCGUCAACACGGACAACGCCGGCAAGAACGCAUCAAUGAACGUGCCGUCUGCGAACAGAACGUUGUACAUUAAUUGCACGAACGACGCGGUGCGGUGCGAGCAGAUCACUUGCUACGUCGGCCCGUUUCCGAGCACGCUGUCCGUUGCCAAGCUGCUGGUAACGCUCGACCUGCAAAUCGCGGACUUUCACGCCACUUUGAUGAAGGACAAAGACAUCGUGUUUCUCGUGACUGAGGGUGAGGUUACCAUAACGCAGCCGUGCAACAUCAGCCAAAGGAACGGUCAUAAGCCGGACGUCGCUUUCGUCGCUACAACGUUUCUGGGCUCGCCGGUAGCCGAGCGAAUUGCCGCGUGGAUAUUAGCACUUUCGAUAGCGCUAGGGAUUAUACUGCUGAUACUGCUAAUACUGGGUUUGAUAAAGAUCGGCUUCUUUAACAGAAAGCAGAAGAUGGAGCUCGAAGCAUUGAAAGCCGCAACUGACGUAUGUUCAGCGUUCUCGCAAUGUUCCGUAAAUGAAAGUUUCGACCAUUAACAUUACCCGCUAAACUGUAAUUUGCGUUUCAGACAGAGUAUAACGUGGUACUGGAAACGACGGCUUCGACAGAAGCUCUUGACCACGAUCAGACGAAUACGUAGCACGAUAAUCUCACACUUGACGUAAAAUGAUUU